AUGGCAGAUGACGCUGAAACCACUGCGAAAAUACGAGAUGGUUUGAAUCCAUACAUUAAGUCUCGGGAACAGGUCAACUAUAUCCGGCGCAUCUUGGCCGCGCACCUGGGUGAAUGCGCGCAGGGAGGUCCCCUCAAGUCGGCGCUAGCACUGGCAAACGGGCGCGACGCCGAGGGCACCGUCAACACAGACAGCACUCCGGCGAACAGCGUGUACAGAGAAUAUCUGGACGUCCUGAAAGAAAACAUCGCCGCCCGCAAGAAUUUUGAGGCGGCUCGGCAAUAUGACAUUCCAGAGCUACGCACGGAGGGGACGGCGGCUAGCGCAUCCGCCUCAUUGGGCUUGAAUGAGCGUUUGGCCCUGCUGAAGCUGCACCAGAAGCGUGACGGCUUGUACGCGGUGCAAGAGACACUCGACACACUAUUAGAGCAGCCGGCGGCCGACGCCGAGUUUCUGGACGCCGACCGCGUGUUGCAGGGGACGCCGGCUCUGCCCCCGGUGCCGCGGGACGUCAUCACCACCAUGGCGAUUGAGCAGAGCUCCUUACCGCUGGAUAUUGCCGGCCAGGUCAACCAGCUAGAGAGGCUCGUACUGCGUGCCAAGCUGCUUCUCAGGCAGGAGGAGCAACUUCUGCAUGAAGCGAGACAGCGCGUGCGGCGCGCGUCGCAGCCGCCGAGCCAAUCAGCCAAACUCACGGCGCUGGGCGCGACACGAGAUGAGCUCAUCAAUUGGAUCGAGACGGAGCUCGGCAAGGCAUCUCCAGAGAUACAGCGCCCCGAGGACGACGGAAUCUCAUCGGAAAGGGGGCCUGGUAAAGCCGAUCCGGCGGCCAUCCAGGCACAGUUGGGCGCCAUCAAGGAAAAGUACACACUCUACGUCUCGGCGAGGAAGGUUCUGUUGGAAAUGGCUGCUUGCGAUUCUAAGCCGCCUCAACCAUUGGCGGCAAACAUGAAAUCGACGAAACGGGCCAGUCUUGCAGCACCAUCGCGCCCGCCUAUGGAUCACCUCGUGGCGCCCUACUUGGCUUCCCUUGUCGAUGCGUCUGCAAACCAUAAAGCCGCUGUGGCCUAUCGAACGCAAAUUUCUUCUCUCCUCAACAAGACUGCUCAAAUCAAUAACCGUCAGGUCAGCAAACUGGCCGAAGAAAGCCACUUGCUGUCAACAUUCCCCCCCCGAGGUGCCUCCGGCCGACCAGGUACCAAUUCAGCAUCGCAGGCCAGCAUCGCUACCCAGGUGAUGCCGUGGGUGGAAGCAUCAGACGCCGCCAAGAUGGCCACGCUGGAAUCCGUGGCGGAGACGGUCGAGAACGGGCAGAUUGCUCUCGAAGGGCUGAUGAGCACCCUGGAAGGCAUCGGCAAGAUUACCGGGAAGGACAUUCUGAGCAGUGAAGUGGACGAGGACACGUGGCUGGGUGCAGAUACGCCAAGGGCUCGAAGACAUACGAGGAAAGGAAGCAGAGCGAUAUCACAAAGUUCGACGGAUCCGUGGUCGAAAGUGCGAGGCAACCUGGGUUUACUAGGCCAGGAGGGGCUGUAA